AUGCCUGAUGCGUUGACUGUUGAUGAGUUCGUUAACGACACUCUAGAAGAUGUCAGACACCCUGAGAAGUCCAAUUUUAUUUCGAAGAUUUCCAGUGUACGAUGUACAGUAUAUAGUUUGGAUGAGGGGUUAGAGACAGAUAGAAAUGUUCUUAUACGAUCGAAAAAGUUGGUUAAGUCUGUUGUCUCAUCAGGGAUUGCCUAUGCUGAGCAAAUAACAGCUUUAUGCGACUUCUUGGAAAGACUUGGUCAGAUAGCUUUGGAAGGAAAUGAACCUAAUGGAAAUGAUAUCGCCGCGAGUCUCUGCAAGUUUUCCGUUGUCCACCGGGACUUAGCUAACAUGACUAAACACUUGAUGCAAAACUUAAACAGUAUAAUUGUGUUUCCGAUGGAAACAUUUAUGCAAGGGGAUAUAAAGAGUGACCUGAAGAAACCUUUUGAGAAAGCUCUCAAAGAUUAUGAAUACAAAUAUGACAAACUAAAGAAGGAAAAGCUGCAAAUGAUGAAGGAAACUGGUUGCUAUGCUCCUGAAGCAUUCACAGAGGGUAUGACAAAAGAUUUAGAAAAAGAACGUCGUCGGUUACAGUUGGAAACCUGUGAGUAUUUAAUCAAGGUGAACGAAUUGAAAGCAAAACGUAGCGCUGAUCUAUUGCAACACUUAAUUGAUUUUUUCUAUGUACAAACUCAUUACCUACGUGAAUGUUUAGGUGUGAUGGAUCAUUUUGGAAAAUCAAUGAAUGAUUUAGCUAGUCGAGUGAACACAUUGCAUAAAAUUAAUGAUGUACAAAAACGUCGUCUUGUAGAUACUCGAGAGGAAGUCAGAGGAAUUUUGGAGAAAGAGACUGUCCAAACUGGUAUAACAUAUGCAGCACAACCAACUCAAGUGAAUCGUGCUUUUGGGACAAGGAAAAGUGGUUUUCUGCUUAAAAAAUCCGAUGGAAAGGUGAAACGAGUGUGGCAAAGACGUCGUGUACGUAUCGCUGACGGUGAAUUAUGGUUAUAUCAUGCAGAUGAAACAAAACCACCUGUGCGUUUAACUUUAUUAACCUGCCAGGUGAAAUUACCUAUGGAAAAUGUUGAGAAUGAUUCCGCAUUAAAUCAUAGUACUAGCGGUAAUCAACAUUCAGUCUGUGAAGGAAAACUGAACUUUGAUCUUGUUUCAAAUAGUCGAACGUACAACUUUCAAGCAGAAGAUGAACAAGAAUAUGAAGAAUGGAUAAGUGUGUUGAAUAAUGCAAUGCAAGAAGAAUUUAAUAAAGCAAUGAAUGGAGAGUCAUCACACACUUCUCAGUAUGAUCUUUCCGAUUCACUGAAUCUGUCAUCUCAUCGUGGCAAUAGUAACAACAAUAAUAGUAUUACUAAUGGUGGCAGUCUGGCUACCGGUUUUGAUUUGGCCUAUUCAACACUGACAUGUCAAGGGAAUAAUCCUGCUAUCAGUUCUAAACAUGUAAAAUCAGAUAGUUUUGGUGAUAGUCUACCAGGAAGUGAGAAUGACCUACUCGAUUCCAAUUGUUCACAAGCUAGUCGUUCACGUGAAAGUCAUUUAGACAAUGUAGAUGCUAUUUCAACAGAUGCAGUUCAUCCUAUUGAAUCUAAAGGACGUCCAUCAAAAGGAGUUAUUCAAUCUUCACUACGGUUUUAUGCAUCGGAUAAUGAAGUCUGUGCAGAUUGUAGUCGACCUGAUCCUGAAUGGGUUAGUGUAAAUCUAGGCAUAUUAAUAUGCUUAGAAUGCUGUGGAGCACAUAGGGAAUUGGGUGUACACUAUUCUCGAACACAAUCGUUAUUAAUGGACGAAUUGUCCACCAAUCAGUUAUUGUUACCUCGAUUUAUCGGGAAUCAAUUGUUCAACAGUGUUUUCGAAUCUAGUCUACCAGCAGAAGUUAAACCGAAUGCUACAGAUGCUGUAACUGAUGCUGAUGGAACGACUCAAAGACGUGCAUUUAUCAAAUCAAAAUAUGUUGAUCGGCGUUUCAUAACAAAAACUACAUCGAAUUUAUUAUUGGAUAAUGAUAUUGGCAGUAAUAAUAUGAGAUUAGAUAAUAUGAAUACUAGUUACACUGCUUCUGUUGUUACUACAACACGUGAUCCAGUAUCACAACGAUUCUUAAGACGAGAUUUGUUAAGAGCAGUGAAAACUGGAGAUCUGCCUUUAUUAAUACAAGUAUACGCUGAGCGAUUGGAUUUAAUGACACCAUUUGAACCAGAAGACGAUGACUCCACUCCACUGUUGGCAGGCACAACAGCUUUACAUAUAGCUGUAGAGACAACAAAUAAAUUUUUACGUAAAAAAUCUGAUACUAGUUUCUCCUGUUUAUCUGGUGAAGCAUCAUGGAACGACAGUGAUGAUAUUCACGAACAGCAAGUGAAACCACCUCAUUGUAAUUUGCCGUUGGUUGAAUUCAUUAUACAAAAUGCUUUACCUGGUAGUUUGAAACGUGCCAAUGAGCUGGGCGAUACAGCAUUACAUCAUGCUGCACGUUAUGGUUGUGUAGAUGCACUAAAAUUACUUGUUCAAGCUGGUGGGAUUCCAACUCCUAUCCUUCAACUCACCAAUAAAAAUGGUCAAACAGCAUUGGACAUCGUCGAGGUUAUGCUGACGACUGAAUCAAAUCCCAGUGAAAUAGUCGAAGCGUAUAAAAGUUGUCAACAAAUAUUGAAAUUAGCUGAUUUAAUUGCAUCGAGUAUAUCAUCAAAUACUAAUCGUUUAAUGACUGAUUCUAUAUGUUCAUUAUUCCCUAACACUGAUGGUUCCUCAGAGAAAAUAUCGAUGCAUCGUGCUAAUCUAAGUGAGUUGUUAGAUCAAUUGAAUUCAGUUAAUUGGUGUCAUCCGACCAAUGCUUUAUCACCAUCCACAGCGUCCUAUUGGGCGAAGAGUGGAAAAUAUUGUCCUGCUAAUAAGCGUGUCACAACGUCGUCAUCAUCCACAAUAACAACACCUGGUGUUAGUACUGCUGUGAAUACCACAACAACGACAACCGCAUCAGAAGCAUUCAGUAGUAAAUUAGGUUAUUUCUCUUUGUCUCCUGUGAUAAAAACCACAAAUCAGUCAGUCACUUCCAGUCCACGUGAUAUAAACUCUUCUAAGACAACGUCGUCAUCAACUGGGAAACAAAUAACCUUUGAAGAAGACCGAUAUGCUACAAGCAAAAAUGUACCAAUGUUCAACAAACCUAUCCGAUCUUUCAGUCAAUAUUCUCCUUCAGCACAUUAUGGUAGUGUAUUGGCAACACUACCUCGUAAAAAAGGUCCUGCUCCUCGUCCACCAUCUAUAAGCAGUCAACCAAAUGAUUCAUUCGAUUCUGGAACAUCGAAUAAAACUGAUUUUUGGAGUGCAUUCAAUCGAUUAGAUAUCAGUCGGAUUCCAAGUUCUCCUUCUGAGACUGAUAAACAAUUACCCAGUGAUCAUAUUGAUAUAAUAUUAGAUGUUCUAGAAGAAAGACCAACUAUAUCUACACCUUGUGUAAUUACUUCAUCUUCCCCUGCUGGUGAUUUCUUCACCAAUAACACUAAUACUGUUUUUACAUCAAGAACAAUGAAGAGUCUAGGCACUUCUUCGUCUACAAUUCCUAAUGAUGAUGGUGGUAAUGAUAAUGAUGGUAUUACGACAUCUCCUCCAAUCCCACCUAAACCUAGUUAUAUAUCCAAUACAUUGUAUUCAACUUUGCCUAGUCGAAGUUUACACGUGAAUAGGACUAGUUCUGUUUCGGUUAAUUCAAAUUUGCCUACUGUACUUGACUCUUCCAGUUGUUUAACCUCUUCAACAUCAACACCUGUAACUAAAACAACAACAACAACCUCAGUAUCAUCAUCUAGUCAGUAUACCGACUCCUUGAAAUCUUCUUUAUCCCAGCAUAUAAAUGAUAGAUUUGGAAGUAUUUCAUCAGCAGCGUGUAUUCCAGCAUCGAUUACUGCAUCACUUGCAUCGAAAUCCACGGAGUCACCAUCGAAACUAACAAGUAAUGGUAAUAGUAUUUCAGUAGCAAAUUGUAAAGUUGGUGAUCUACUUGAAGCUCUGUAUGAUUGUGAAGCAGAGAAUUCUGAUGAAUUAACAUUUUCACGUGGAGAAAUAAUACAAAUAUGUGAUAAGCCAGACGAUGAUUGGUGGGAAGGUGUUAUUCACUCGGAUAAAAGUCGACGUGGAAUGUUCCCAGUCACUUAUGUAAAACCUUAUCAUCAUCAUGAUGACAGCAAUGAUAAUGAUUGA